CAGCUGACUGUGUGACUUGUGGAAAUGGCACUUGUAUAUCGCCCAAGUUAGCCUGUGAGAGUCAGGCCUGUCUGGACGGUAUAGAUGAACAAAAUUGUGCCAAAUGUGAAAAAGGGUGGGAUGCGUUCAAGUGUGCUAACAAGCAAUGCAUCAUCAAAAGUAAACGCUGCAACAAAGAAAAGGAGUGCGAUGAUGGCUCCGAUGAGAAAGAUUGCAAGUCUUGGCGUGACAAUAAAGCAUUAAUAGCUACCAUUGGAAUAAUUGUUGGUGCGCUAAUCAUAUUGUUUGUGUGGCUGUUGAUCUCUAGUAUCAUGAACUAUAUACGAAAGAGGGGCAAAUAGAUUAGACAGGGAGGACUUGACACAGGUGAAUAAUUGAAAGGGAGGAUGUUGAUUAAAAUAAGGACAAAGACGGUCGGCUCUGUCAGUAGAGUCCGUCCCCAGCUUUGCGUCGGCAAAAUGAGAGACGUUGCCGGCCUGGAAGAGGAGCAGGUACGUCUUUAGACGAUGAUGGUACAUUAGGUUGUCAGGUUUCCUAUCGAGGAUAAAAAACCUGCUAAUUAGGGGAUUACAUUUUUUAAGUGUGUUAUGAAGCGAAGUUUCCUCCUUUUGUAAUCAUCUUGUUCACUCCGAAUUCGACGUGAUGAUUGAAGGAUCUGUUGCGAAUGAUCGCAUUCAUGCGUAAUUUGGGGAAGGGGGGGGGGCGGGGGGGGGGGGGGGGGGGGCCGGGGUAUGAUCGCUGAUUGCUGCUGUCCCGCUUUUUAAGCGUGUUCGCUCUUGCAAAUGAGAUGAUGAUGAUGCUUGCAGAUUGCAUUUUGCAUUAGGAGUUAUGAUGAUAUGAAGCUGGACACCGAAAGGAAUCGAGCUUGCGAUCUUCCGCGCUCAUUGACCGCCUAGGAUAGAGUCAGGACCGGCGGGGCGCGCAAUUAACGUGUGUGAGGUAGAGUCGUAUUGCUGGCAAACGAUGAUGGUGAUUGGUUCUUCCCCAAAGGAAUCGAGGUCGCGAUCUUUACAAACCGCUGAUGAUUGAUUAGGACCUUCCGCCCAUCUAAUUAACGUGUGUGAGGUAGAGUCGUAUGGAUUCCGCGCAGUUCGUGUGACGAUGUGCAUGAUGCGAUUAACGCGGGCGGCGGGGAAAAGGAGGGGGGGGGCGGUGCGGGCGGGGAGCGGCGGGGCGGGGAUGCAGAUCCUCUCCUUCCUUCUUUCCUCUGCUGUCCGCCGCCGUUGGAUCGACUUGGUAGUACUGGAUCAUCCCCGAUAUGCGAUUAACGCGGGCGGCGGAUUAACGCUGUAACUGUGUUUGUUGACGGUUGGCGGACUCCGUAAUGACUGCGACCCACUGGCGUGUCGCACGUUUGUAGUGUCGCCGUGACGUGUCGCACACGGGGGGAAGUCGAUUCCUGUCGUACAUGAUAUGUCCAUGAUGCUCGGGCAGUUCGGCAGAUGAUGGUGACGAAGGCUCCGACCGAGGAGUGGAGAUGUGCAGAUUUCCAUCUCUCCUUGAUUUGGGGGUUAGCAUCCUAAGGGGCAUGGAAAGAGAGGUCGUGGGUGGGCGGUGCAUCGUGCGUGCUGACCGGUCGAAUAUCGGAUGCGCGUGUGCGACAGUCUGUGUGUUGGCACAUGAUGUGGGACAGGCCACGAACGAAUUUCGUAUCUCACUAGAGAUGAAUUCUUAUCUACCUGUCUGUCUGUCUGUCUGGCUGUCGGUGGGUCUUAAUCCACGUACCGAAUCCACCGUCGCACAGCGCCACACACGGCCGAAAAGCCGCCACGAAGCCGUGCGAUCGUCACACGGCAGCACUGUGGUCUGUAGGUGGGUCCGGUAGCUGAAGAGGUGUACGUGUUAGCGACAUCGAGCGACAACCUCGACAAGUGUGUCGCUGGGGACAGGACGGGAUCGCGGUGGGUAUUCGACUCCACUGCUCGGGUUUGUCCGAAGAUGUGCGGCGCGGGCGAUCGACUUUUCGACACGUCGGCGAAGCAUGUGCGGAGAGGAGCGGAGCGUUGUCCAGCGAGGAGCUGUGCGACCUUGCUGUCCGCCGAUGAAGCGAAUGGGUAGCCGGUGUUUGUGCGACGACACCGAUCUGCUUUGUGCGGCUUCCGAUGGACCGUCCGACAUUGUGAGCGACACUGCUUGCGACCGGCCAUCGACUCCACGACUCUUCGGCGAACUUUUGGGUUAUCGAUUUUUCCCUCUAUAGCAUCAUCGAUGGGAAACGGUGAGGCACAGCGAUCGCGAUGGUGUGUGGGACGUCCGCCGAGCUUGCGCCCGAUCGGUUUCCGACCCCCGGUGUGUGACAUCGUGCGUCGACAGCGGCGGAAGGGACGACUUGGCGGCAGAACCGACAGACUCACCUGCUAUCCUCCGUGAUCUAUAACACGUGCGGUUUGGCGGCGGCGGCGGCGGCGCCGCUUAAGAGAAAUGUAACCGCAGGUGUGCAACACUGGGUGACAGCACAGGCGAAGGGUAGAACGUCCUGCGGCGUGUGCGAGCGAGUUGACCCUGUGAAGACUUUAGGGUCGGACGAGCACGUGCGAACGGUGCUGUAUGACCAUUGAUUGGCUGCGUGGCGGCAAUCCAGCGGUGUGCAAGGUAAUGUGCGACGAUCGAUUAGGUACGUGGCGACCGCCGUCUGACGCUUUGCACGGUGCUCUGCGACGAUCGACUAUGCAUGUGGCGGCGUUCCUGCGCUGUAUGGAGAUCGAGUGGCCACGUGGCACCGUUCCGAUGGGUGACGACCGUGCGGCCCUUUGCGCGCUGCUGUGUGAAGACCGAUCAGGUGCGUGGCAGCGUUACUGAUGUCGUAUGACGAUCGAGUGGCUACGCGGCAGCCAUACGGUGGGUGACAGCCGACUGCGGAUGUGCUCAGUGCAGUGUGAUGAUCGACUCGAUGCCUGGCGUUGUUCGGGCUCUGUGCGACGAUCGAGUGGACAGUGUAUGGCUCUGUGCGACGGUGGUUGGGUACGUGGGGGCGUUCCAGGGCUAGUGACCACGUGGCGGCGUUUCGGCGCACCAACUGUAGUGACCACAUUGCGGCGUACCGGCGCUACUGGAGGUCACGGGGCGAACUUUCGCCGCCAAGACGAUGGAGCGGUGGCCACGUGGCAGCCUUCCAGCGGGUGGCGGCCGGCUGCCGAUGUGCUCGGCGCUGUGUGACGAUCGAUUCGGCUUCCGGCCGGGCUCUGUGUGACGAUCGAACGGCCUCGUGGCAGCGUUACGGCGCCUUUGUGUGGCGAUCGUGCGGCUCUGCAUGGUGGCCAUCUGGCGCUGUACACGAUGCUGUGUGGUAAUCGGCUGGGUACGUGGCGGCUUUCGUGUGCUGUAUGACGAUCUAGUGGCCAAGGGAAGGUGUGCUAGGGCUGUAUUACGAUCCGAUUGGUUACGUGGCGGCAUUCCGGUGCUGCUGUGUGACGAUCGAACGGCUUCGUGGCGCCUUUCCGGUCCUUCGUGUGGGCCUGUGCGACCGCGGACACGUGGGGGCGUUCCAGGGCUAGUGACCACGUGGCGGCGUUUCGACGCAUCGCCUGUAGUGGCCACGUUGCGGCGUUUCGGCACUAUCAGGAGAUCAUUCGGCGACGUUUCGCCGCCAAGACGAUGGAGCGGUGGCCACGUGGCGGAUUGUGUACCUGCAUCACGAUCGAAUGGAUGGUUAUGUGUCGACCUUCCGGCGCUGUAUGACAAUCGACUGGAUGGGGGAAGUGCACCGAUCAUUCGGUUCCAUGCAUGGCUGGACGCUGUGUGAUGUCGGGAUCGAGACAGCGUGAAAGCUACUUCAGAAAGAUGCGAGAGUUCAUUUUUUUCCGGGUCGUUCUUGAGACCCAGCAGCAUUUACGUAUCGACUGUCUGCAAAAGGGCGAAACAAAAAGAAACAAUUGAUUGCCUACCGUAGUUCGGUCCUUCUACGUGGUAUUCGUUUUCUACUUUCAGGUGACCAAAAAAAAUAGUACGUUCCUCGCAAGUGCGUUGAUUUUGUUGAAACCACCCCACCAGUUCGGGCGAGCUUUUCAAAAUCAGAACCACCCAACAGUUCACACGAGCCUAAGCCGAUAAACGAAGCUUACCUUC